GUGGCCACAGGACUGUGGACUCUGGACCAACCCGCCGGCCACAGGGACAGAGAGACGCGAGAUAAUACUGGAGUUCAAAAAAGACGCCGAGGAUAUUUUUGAAUCGUUAGGAAUAUUGUUCAGAUUGACAAACCGGGACGAUGAACUCUCAGCAGCAGAGGUACAGGAAUGUGUCCUCUGACAGCGCGAGCAGGGAGAGGGUGCUCUCUUCUGACGAUGGCUAUAACCGGGGGAUGCUGAAGGCCAUGGACGGCAGGAAAGAUGAACGAGAUCGAGUCCAGAAGAAGACCUUCACGAAAUGGGUCAACAAGCACCUGAUCAAGCAUCGGAGGGCAGAGUCGCAGCAUCACGUGACCGACCUGUACGAAGACCUCCGAGAUGGACACAACCUCAUCUCGCUGUUGGAGGUCCUCUCCGGGGACACGCUGCCCAGAGAGAAGGGACGCAUGCGGUUCCACAAACUGCAGAAUGUACAGAUAGCGCUGGACUUCCUCCGACACCGGCAGGUCAAGCUGGUGAACAUCAGGAACGAUGACAUAGCCGAUGGGAACCCCAAGCUCACCCUGGGCUUAAUAUGGACCAUCAUCCUCCACUUCCAGGUCUCCUCGUCUAUCUCAGACAUUCAGAUCAACGGCCAGUCGGAGGACAUGACGGCCAAGGAGAAGCUGCUGUUCUGGUCCCAGAGGAUGACGGACGGCUACCAGGGCAUCCGCUGCGACAACUUCACCACCAGCUGGAGGGACGGCAAGCUCUUCAACGCCGUCAUCCACAAACACCAUCCCAGACUCAUCGACAUGAGCAAAGUGUACCAGCAGACCAACCUGCAGAACCUGGAACAGGCCUUCACGCUGGCAGAGAGCGACCUGGGGGUGACCCGGCUGCUGGACCCCGAGGACGUCGACGUGCCGCACCCCGACGAGAAGUCCAUCAUCACCUACGUGUCGUCCCUGUACGACGCCAUGCCUCGGAUGGAGGUGUCCAGAGGCAACGAGCUGGAGCUGCGCUGGCAGGAGUACUACGAGCUGGUGACUCUCAUCAUCCAGUGGAUCCGCCACCAUGUCAUGAUCUUCGAGGAGAGGAAGUUCCCCGCCAGCUACGAGGAGAUCGAGCUCCUUUGGCGCCAGUUCUUGAAGUUCAAAGAGACGGAGCUGCCGGCGAAAGAGGGCGACAAAAACCGGUCCAAGCACAUCUACCAGUCCUUCGAGAGCGCCGUGCACGCCGGUCAGGUGAAGGUGCCCCCGGGCUACCAUCCCAUCGACGUGGAGAAGGAAUGGGGUCGUCUCCACGUGGCCAUCCUGGAACGAGAACGGCUGCUCAGGAUCGAGUUUGAGCGACUGGAGAGGUUUCAGAGGAUUGUCAGUAAAGUCCAGAUGGAGUCGGUGUCGUGCGACAGCCAGGUCAGCCACCUGGAGACCCUGCUGCAGACGGACAUGCGUCUGCUGAGCGCGGGGAAGCCGGCGCAGCACACAGCGGAGCUGGAGCGCGAGCUGGACGAGGCCGACAACAUGAUCCGCCUGCUCUUCAACGACGUGCAGCUGCUCAAGGAUGGGCGCCACCUUCAGGCGGAGCAGAUGUACCGCAGGGUCUACCGGCUCCACGAGCGCAUGGUGAACUUGCGCACCGACUACAACCUCCGCCUGCAGUCCGCCGUGACGACCUCCAAGGUUUCCGUGACGCAGCAGAGCUGCGGGAGGAUCUGGCCCGAGAUGGACGACGUGACCAUCCGCUACGUCAAGGACCUCCUGGCCUGGGUGGAGGAGAACCAGCUGCGCAUCGACGAGGCCGAGUGGGGCUCCGAUCUGCCCUCGGUGGAGUCCCAGCUGGGCAGCCACCGGGGCCUGCACCAGACGGUGGAGGACUUCCGGUCCAAGAUCGAGCGGGCCCGGGCCGACGAGAGCCAGCUGUCUCCCAUCGGGAAGGGCUCGUACAGAGAGUACAUGGGCAAACUGGACCUGCAGUACAGCCGGCUAUUGAACUCUUCCAAGUCCCGCCUGAAGAACUUGGAUUCCCUCCACGCCUUCAUCGGCACCGCCACCAAGGAAAUGAUGUGGCUGAACGACAAAGAGGAGGAGGAGGUCAACUUCGACUGGAGCGAGCGGAACGGCAACAUGACGGCCAAGAAAGACAACUACUCGGGUCUCAUGCGAGAGCUGGAGCUGCGGGAGAAGAAAGUCAACGACCUCCAGGUCGUCGGAGACAAACUUGUCCGGGACGCACAUCCCGGCAAGAAGACAGUUGAGGCCUUCACGGCCGCCCUGCAAACCCAGUGGAGCUGGAUCCUCCAGCUGUGCUGCUGUAUUGAGGCUCAUCUCAAAGAAAACACAGCCUACUACCAGUUCUUUGCCGACCUGAAAGAGACUCAGGACAAGAUGAAGAAGAUGCAAGAGAACAUGAAGAAGAAGUACAGCUGUGACCGCUCCACCACCACCACGCGGCUGGAGGACCUGCUGCAGGACGCCGUGGAGGAGCGAGAACAGCUGAAUGAAUACAAGACCCUCGCGACCGGCCUGAACAAGAGAGCCAAGUCCAUCAUCCAGCUGAAGCCACGCAACCCCACCUGCUCCAUCAAAGGCAAACUGCCCAUUCAGGCCAUCUGCGACUUCAAGCAGCAGGAGAUCACCGUCCACAAAGGAGACGAGUGCGCGCUCCUCAACAACUCGCAGCCCUUCAAGUGGAAGGUGCUGAACCACUCCGGACACGAGGCGGUGGUGCCCUCCGUCUGCUUCAUGGUGCCGCCGGUCAACAAGGAGGCCGUGGACGGCGUGUCCAGUCUGGAUGCGGGGUACCAGCAGAUGGUGACCAUGUGGCAGACGCUCCACAUCGACGUGAAGAGCUUGCUGUCGUGGCAGUACCUGAUGAGGGACUACACGCAGAUACGCACCUGGAACAUCACCGUGUUGAGAUCCAUGAAAACAGAGGAGUACAGGCUGAUGAUGAGGAACCUGGAGCUCCACUACCAGGACUACAUGCGCGACAGCCAGGACUCGAAGCUCUUCGGCCCCGACGACCGCAUGCAGGUCGAGGAAGACUACACCAAGUCCACCAAGCAUUUCGAAAACCUGCUCCGCUCCAUGGAGAAAGGGAUAAUGGUUGAUAUGCUCAAAGGUCAACAGGAUGAAACUCUGUGUAAGAACUACAUCUCUGAGAUCAAGGACCUGCGCGUGAGCAUCGAGGACUGCGAGGUGCGGACCGUGGCUCGCAUACGCAAACCGAUGGAGAAGGAACCUCUGAAGGAAUGCGUUCAGAAGACUGUCGACCAGCAGAAAGUCCAGGUGAAGCUUAAGGGCCUCAAGAAGGACCUCGACAACGUGUCUGUGAGGACCCAAGAGGUCUUGGCCUCCCCUCAGCAGUCCGCCUCGGCUCCCGUCCUGCGCUCGGAGCUCGAAAUCACCGUUCAGAAGAUGGACCACGCCACCAUACUCUCCACGGUUUAUCUCGAUAAGCUGAAGACUGUGGAGAUAGUCAUCCGUAACACACAGGGUGCCGAGGGAGUCCUCAAGCAGUACGAGGACUGUCUGCGGGAGGUUAACACGGUGCCCGGCGACGGCAAGGAAGUCGAGGCCUACAGGACAACGCUCAAGAAAAUGCGAGUGGAGGCCGAGGGUGAGCAGCCGGUGUUUGACUCUCUGGAAGAAGAGCUGAAGAAGGCCACUGUCGUGAGCGACAAGAUGUCCCGCGUGCACAGCGAGCGGGACGUGGAGCUGGACCACUACCGCCAGCUUCUGUCUGGUCUUCAGGACCGCUGGAAGGCCGUGUUCGCUCAGAUGGACAUCCGCCAGAGGGAGCUCGAUCAGCUCGGCCGCCAGCUGGGCUACUAUCGCCAGAGCUACGAUUGGCUGAUCCGCUGGAUCUCCGACGCCAAGGAAAGGCAGGAGAAGAUCCAGGCCGUGUCCAUCACUGACAGCAAGACGCUCAAUGAGCAACUGACUCAGGAGAAGAAACUGCUGGAGGAGAUUGAGAACAACAACGACAAAGUCGAAGAGUGUCAAACCUAUGCUAAAGGUUACAUUAAUACUAUCAAGGACUAUGAGCUCCAGUUAGUUGCCUACAAAGCUCAUAUGGAUCCUCUUGCUUCUCCGCUGAAGAAAACCAAAAUGGAUUCCGCCUCCGACGACAUCAUUCAGGAGUAUGUAACGCUGAGGACCCGGUACAGUGAGCUGAUGACUCUGACUAGUCAGUACAUCAAGUUCAUCACCAACACGCAGCGCCGCCUGGAGGACGAGGAGAAAGUUUCAAAGAAACUCAAAGCAGAAGAGCAGAAAAAAAUGGCCGAGAUGCAGGCCGAGUUAGACAAACAGAAGCAGUUAGCUGCAGGUCACGCAAAGGCCAUUGCCAAAGCUGAGAAAGAGGCUCAAGAACUGAAGCUCAAAAUGCAGGAAGAAGUUAGCAGGAGAGAGAUUGCUGCUGUAGAUGCUGAGAAGCAAAAGCACAACAUCCAGCUGGAACUGCAUGAGCUAAAAAAUCUGUCCGAGCAGCAGAUCAAGGACAAAAGCAACCAGGUGGACGAGGCUGUUCACAGCAGGACCAAGAUCGAGGAGGAAAUCCACAUCAUCAGGAUCCAACUUGAGACGACGGUAAAACAAAAGUCUUCCGCGGAAUCCGAGCUCAAGCAACUUCGCGUGAGGGCAGCCGAAGCGGAGCAACUCCGAAAGGCCGCCCAGGAGGAAGCUGAGAAGCUCCACAAACAGGUCAACGAGGAGACCCAGAAAAAGCGCAUUGCAGAGGACGAACUCCAACGCAAAUCUGAGACAGAGAAAGAAGCUGCUAAGCAAAAGCAAAAAGCUCUGCAAGACCUUGACGAGCUCAAGAUGCAGGCCGAGGAGGCUGAAAGGCAAGUGAAGCAAGCCGAGUUUGAAAAGGAGAGACAAAUCAAGGUUGCACACGUGGCAGCCCAGAAGAGUGCGGCGGCUGAGCUCCAGAGCAAACAGAUCUCCUUUGUGGAAGAGACCUCAAAGUUGGAGGAAUCCCUCAAACAAGAGCACGGCGCCGUCCUUCAGCUGCAACAGGAAGCGGCACAUCUCAAGAAACAACAGGAGGAUGCGAUAAACGCCAGAGAGGAGGCCGAAAGGGAGCUUGAGAAGUGGCGGCAAAAAGCUAAUGAGGCCCUCCGUCUGAGACUCCAGGCUGAGGAAGAAGCUCACAAGAAGAGCCUCGCUCAGGAAGAUGCCGAGAAACAAAAGGAGGAGGCUGAGCGUGAGGCCAAAAAGAGAACCAAAGCUGAAGAGUCGGCCCUGAAGCAGAAAGAGAUGGCCGAGAUUGAGCUCGACAGGCAGCGGAAGGUGGCUGAGAGCACAGCUCAGCAGAAACUCACUGCGGAACAGGAACUGAUACGACUCCGGGCCGACUUUGACAACGCGGAACAGCAGAGGUCCCUCCUUGAAGAUGAACUGUACCGCCUGAAGAAUGAAGUCGUCGCAGCGCAACAACAAAGGAAACAGCUGGAGGACGAGCUGGCCAAAGUGCGCAGUGAAAUGGAUAUACUCAUUCAGCUGAAGUUCAAGGCAGAGAAGGAGACCAUGUCCAACACGGAGAAGAGCAAACAGCUUCUUGAGGCCGAAGCCAGCAAGAUGAGGGACGUGGCGGAGGAAGCCAGCAAGCUUCGAGCCAUCGCAGAGGAGGCCAAGCACCAGAGGCAAGUUGCCGAGGAAGAGGCAGCCCGUCAGAGAGCAGAGGCCGAGCGGAUUCUCAAAGAGAAGCUGGCUGCGAUCAGCGACGCCACUCGGUCGAAAACAGAGGCCGAAAUCGCCCUGAAAGAGAAGGAGGCAGAAAACGAAAGACUCCGCCGUCAGGCAGAGGACGAGUCCUACCAGAGGAAAGCUCUUGAAGACCAGGCUAACCAGCACAAGCAAGAGAUUGAGGAAAAGAUCGUCCUACUCAAAAAAUCCUCCGAGGCCGAAAUGGACCGCCAAAAGGCCAUCGUGGACGACACUCUGAAACAGAGGCGGGUCGUCGAAGAAGAAAUCCGAAUUCUGAAGCUCAACUUUGAAAAGGCCUCGUCUGGAAAACUCGAUCUGGAGCUGGAACUGAACAAGCUCAAGAACAUUGCGGAGGAGACUCAACAAAGCAAACUGAGAACCGAGGAGGAGGCGGAGAAUCUACGGAAGCUUGCCCUUGAGGAGGAGAGGAGGAGGAGGGAAGCAGAGGAGAAGGUCAGGAAGAUCACCGCUGCAGAGGAAGAGGCAGCCAGACAAUGCAAGGCCGCCCAAGAAGAGCUCGCUCGUCUGAAAAAGAAGGCCGAAGAGGCCAGGAGGCAGAAAGACGUGGCCGACAUCGAAGCGGAAAAACAGAUUGUUGCAGCCGAACACGCGGCCCUGAAAUGCAAUGCAGCUGAGCACCAAGCCCAAAGUGUCCUCGCCCAACAGAAGGAAGACGGCAUCACAAAGAAGAAGCUUCAGGCAGAGUACGAGAAAGCCAAGAAGCUAGCCAAGGAGGCAGAGGCCGCCAGGGAGAAGGCAGAAAGGGAGGCGGCUCUGUUUCGCCAGCAAGCGGAGGAAGCUGAGUGGCAGAAGGCCGCGGCUGAGCAAGAGGCUGUAAACCAGGCCAAAGCUCAGGAGGAUGCGGAACGGUUGAGGAAGGAGGCCGAAUUUGAAGCCGCCAAACGAGCACAAGCGGAAAGCUCAGCGCUCAAGCAGAAGCAACAGGCCGACGCUGAAAUGGUGAAGCACAAAAAACUGGCAGAGCAAACAUUGAAACAGAAGUUCCAAGUGGAGCAAGAGCUCACAAAGGUUAAACUGAGGCUCGACGACACCGAUAAACAGAAAUCCGUCCUGGACGAAGAGCUGCAGCGCUUGAAGGAUGAGGUUGAUGACGCCGUCAAGCAAAGGGGCCAGGUGGAGGAGGAGCUCUUCAAAGUCAAGGUUCAGAUGGAGGAGCUGCUCAAGCUGAAAAUCAGAAUUGAGGAGGAAAAUCAGCGCCUCAUCAAGAAGGACAAAGACAACUCUCAGAAAUUCCUUGCCGAGGAGGCCGACACGAUGAAAAGGCUCGCUGAGGAUGCUGCCAGACUUAGUGUCGAAUCCCAAGAGGCUGCCCGCCUGAGAAUGAUUGCAGAAGAAGACCUCAAUCAGCAACGGGUUCUUGCUGAGAAAAUGCUCAAAGAGAAAAUGCAGGCCAUACAGGAGGCGUCUCGACUUCGGGCCGAGGCAGAGAUGCUUCAAAGACAGAAGGACUUGGCCCAGCAGCAGGCACAAAAGCUGCUGGAGGAUAAACAACUAAUGCAACAGCGUCUGGACGAGGAGACGGAGGAAUACCAGAGGUCACUUGAAGCAGAGAGGAGAAGGCAGUUGGAGAUUGUGGCUGAAGCGGAACAACUCAAACUCCAGGUUUCUCAGCUCAGUGAAGCCCAGGCCAAAGCCGAGGAAGAGGCCAAAAGAUUCAAGAAACAAGCCGAUAGUAUUGCUACCCGCCUUCAUGAGACGGAGAUAGCCACCAAAGAAAAAAUGACGACAGUGCAUAAACUGGAAGACGAGAGAGUCAAUACCAGCAAAGAGGCUGGCGAUUUACGCCACGCAAUCGCAGACCUAGAGAGGGAGAAGGCUAGACUGAAACAAGAAGCAGAAGAACUUCAAAAUAAAUCUAAAGAGAUGGCCGAUGCACAGCAGAAACAAAUUGAACACGAGAAGACGGUGCUCCAGCAGACAUUCCUGACAGAGAAGGAGAUGCUUUUGAAGAAGGAGAUGCUAAUUGAAGAUGAGAAAAAGUGGCUGGAGAGCCAGUUUGAAGAAGAAGUCAAAAAGGCCAAAACUCUCAAAGACGAACAGGACCGCCAGAGACAGCAGAUGGAGGAGGAGAAGAAGAAACUCCACGCUACCAUGGAUGAGGUCCUCAGUAAACAAAAAGAGGCAGAAAAAGAUAUGCUUAACAAGCAAAAAGAAAUGCUGGAACUGGAGAAGAAGAGACUAGAGCAGGAAAGGAUUCUUGCAGAAGAGAACCAGAACUUGCGCCAGAAGCUGCAGCAGCUUGUGGAAGCACAGAAAGAGCAACACACUGAUAAAGAGCAGCUCAUCGGUAUUAAAAACGUUGAAAUAACAAAUGCUAUUUACAAUGGAAGAAAUGCCAAUGAUGCGGUAGACAGUGUGGACAAAAGACCAGAUCCUUUGUCUUUUGAUGGCAUACGUGAUAAGGUGCCUGCAAGCAGACUUCAUGAGCUUGGCCUUCUAACCAAUAAGGAGUUUGACAAGCUAAAAAAUGGCAAAACAACUAUUCAGGAGCUUGGGGAGACUCCAAAACUUAAAACAACUCUUCGGGGAAAGAAUUGCAUUGCUGGAGUUUUGACACCAACUAAUCAAAAGAUGUCAAUCUAUCAAGCAUCAAAAGAGAAGAAGAUUACUCCUGGCACAGCCAUGAUCCUUCUUGAAGCUCAAGCAGCUACAGGUUACAUGUUAGAUCCUAUUAACAACCAGAAGCUUUCUGUUAAUGAGGCUGUGAAGGAAGACUUGAUUGGCCCGGAACUGCACAACAAAAUGCUUUCAGCAGAGAGGGCAGUUAUUGGCUACAAAGAUCCUUACACUGGUGGAAAGAUCUGUGUCUUUGAAGCCAUGAAGAAGGGUCUGAUCGAACGGGAUCAUGCCAUCAGAGUCCUUGAGGCUCAGCUUGCAACUGGUGGCAUCGUCGAUCCUAUCAAUAGUCACCGUGUACCCAAUGAAAUUGCCUACAAACAGGGACAAUAUGAUGUUGAAAUGAAUAAGAUCAUGGAGAAAGCUUCAGAUGACACAAAGGGAUACUUUGACCCCAGCACUCAGGAACCAUUGACAUAUUCUGAGCUAAUGACAAGAUGCACUACAGACCCUGACACCAAUCUGCUACUCUUGCCAAUCACGGACAAAGCUGCUCAGUGCUCAAGUAUAUUCACAGAGGAGGAGACCAAGGAUGUGUUAAGCAACACAACUGUGGCUGUGCCAUUUGGACGAUUCAAGGGGAAGACUGUCACCAUUUGGGAAAUAAUCAAUUCUGAGUACUUCACCGAGGACCAGAAGAAGGACCUUCUCCGUCAAUACAAGACAGGCAAAAUCACAAUCGAAAAAAUCAUCAAGAUUGUCAUUACAGUGGCAGAGGACAAAGAGAAGAAGAAUGAGAUUACCUUUGAUGGUUUGAGAGCACCUGUACCUGCCACUGAACUCCUGGAGUCCCAAAUCAUUGACAAAGACCUCUACAACAAAUUACACAAGGGCAAAACGACAGUAAAAGAAGUGUCUGAAAUGGAGCCUGUCCACAAAGCACUGAAGGGUACCAACUGCAUUGCAGGUGUAAUGAUUGACUCACGCAAUGAGACAAUGUCCUUCUAUCAAGCCAUGAAGAAAGACAUGAUGAGGGCAGGGCCUGCCCUGAAUAUGCUUGAAGCCCAAGCAGGAACAGGCUACGUGAUUGACCCUGUUCAUAAUCAGAAGUACACUGUUGAUGAAGCUGUCAAAGCAGGUGUUGUUGGUCCUGAGCUGCAUGAAAAACUCCUCUCUGCAGAGCGAGCUGUUACAGGUUACAAGGAUCCUUACACUGGCAAGACGGUGUCUCUGUUCCAGGCAAUGAAAAAAGAUCUCAUCCCUAAAGAACAAGGAAUCCGACUGCUUGAUGCCCAAAUGACCACUGGCGGUAUCAUUGAUCCAGUAAAGAGCCAUCACAUUCCUCAUGAUGUGGCCUGCAAGAGAAGUUAUUUCGAUGACGAAAUGAAACAAAUUCUUAACAGUCCCACUGAUGAAACUAAGUGCUUCUUUGACCCCAACACAAAAGAAAAUGUCACAUACGCUCAGCUCUUCAAGAGAUGUGUCACUGACAAGAAAACUGGUCUCCAGCUUCUGCCUCUUUCUGAUGAAGCAAUCCAUGCAAAGGAGGAGCAGACAUACACUGACGCCCAGACUAAAGAGGCUAUGACUCAGGCAACUGUGGAGCUUGACUCUGGACCAUUUAAGGGCAGGAAGAUGACCAUCUGGGACAUCAUCAACACUGAAUAUCUCACUGAGGAACACAGGCGUGACCUGCUCAGACAGUUUAGGUCAGGAAAGAUUACAAUUGAAAGGUUAAUAAAAAUUGUCAUCACAAUUGUAUAUGAGAAAGAGACCAAGAAACAAGAACAGUCCAGCUUCAAGGGCCUGAGAGCUCCGGUUCCAGCAGCCUCUCUGUAUGACUCCAAAAUCAUUGACAAACCAACCUUUGACCUCCUUCAACAAGGCAAAACAACACCGAAACAAGUCAGUGAGAAUCCUAAUGUCAAUAAAUAUCUCCAGGGCUCUGAUAGCAUCGCUGGCAUCUACCUGGAGCCAACCAAAGAGAAAAUAAGCAUUUAUCAGGCUAUGAAGAAAAAGCUCCUCAGACACAACACAGGUCUUUCACUUCUUGAGGCGCAGGCUGCCACUGGUUUCCUUGUUGAUCCAGUGAAGAAUCAGUGCCUGACAGUAGACGAGGCAGUGAAGUCAGGUCUUGUUGGUCCAGAGCUACAUGAAAAACUUCUUUCUGCAGAAAAAGCCGUCACUGGCUAUAAAGAUCCAUUCACAGGCAACAAAAUCUCCCUCUUUGAAGCGGUGCAAAAAGAUCUCAUCCUGAAAGAACAUGCCAUGCCUUUGAUUGAGGCACAGAUGGUUAGUGGAGGAAUCAUUGACCCUGUAAAGAGCCACCGUGUCCCAACAGAUGUUGCAUAUCAGAAGAACAUUUUCAGCAAAGAAAUGGCUCAGACGCUAUCUGAACCAUCUGAUGACAACAAGGCUUUCACAGACCCAGAAACCGAUGAGAGUCGUACCUACAGACAGCUUAAAGACAAGUGCCAAAGAGAUCCGGAGACAGGCCUGUACAUCCUUCCACUCUCCAAGCCUCAGUCUCCAACUGUUGUGGAGAAGACAUACCUCUACACAGAGGAACAAACACAGAAUGACCUGACAGACACCGAGAUUGAAAUUCCAAUCGAGGGCCUUGCUGAUACACCAGUCACCCUGUGGGAAAUCUUGAACUCAAAUUUGCUUCCAGAGAAAGAGAGGCAGAAGCUCAUGGAUGAAUAUCGCUCUGGCAAAAUCACUAAAGAGCGGAUGAUAAUCAUCAUUAUUGAGAUCAUGGAGCAGAGAGAGAUCAUCAUAAAUGAUAAUCCACUGUCAUAUAAGACUAUAAGAAGAAGGAUAACGAUUGACGAGCUCUACAACGCCCGCAUCGUUGACUUGGAGACGUACAACCUCCUUAAACGGGGCAAGAGGGACAUCCGUGACAUCAUGGAGAUGACCAAUGUGAAACAGUAUCUCUAUGGCACAGGCUGUGUUGCUGGGGUCGCAACAGAUUCCAGCUGCAAGAUAAGCAUAUACCAAGCAAUGAAGAGAGGUUUUAUCAAGCCAGAACUAGCUCUCAGCCUCCUUGAAGCACAAGCAGCGACCGGAUUCAUUGUCGAUCCAGUUCAAAAUGAAACACUCACGGUUGACGAAGCUGUGCGUAAAGGUGUUGUUGGCCCUGAGCUCCACGAUAAACUUCUUUCAGCUGAGAGAGCAGUCACUGGAUACAAAGAUCCAUACAGUGGGAAAAUCAUAUCUCUUUUCCAGGCCAUGAAAAAGGAUCUUGUUCCAGAAGAUUAUGCUCUGAAAAUGUUAGAGGCACAAACCGCCACUGGGGGUAUUAUUGAUCCAGAAUUCCAGUUCCACCUGCCAGCUGACAUUGCCAUGCAAAGAGGUUACAUCAACAAGGAAACCAAUGAGAAGCUGACUGACAGUGUUAAGGAAUUCAUUGACCCUGUCAAUGAAGAAGAACUGUCGUAUGCACAGUUGCUCAAGAGAUGCAAGUUAGAUGGUGGGUUGCGUCUACUCUCCAUGGGAGACAAGAGACUGAUGUUCCAGGGUCUGAGGAAACAGAUCACGAUGGAAGAGCUGAUCCGCUCAGAAAUUAUUGACCAGCAGACUGUCACUCAACUAAAUGAAGGUCUCAUUACAUUGGAGGAGGUUACCAGCAGACUUUCAAGGUACCUUGAGGGCACAAGCUGUAUUGCUGGUGUAUAUUUAGAGUCCUCAAAGGAUCGUCUAUCAAUUUACCAGGCCAUGAAAAAGAAUAUGAUUAGGCCAGGCACAGCAUUUGAACUCCUUGAGGCACAGGCAGCCUCAGGCUAUGUUAUUGAUCCCAUCAAAAACCUUAAACUGACUGUCAGUGAUGCAGUGAAGAUGGGUAUUGUAGGACCCGAAUUCAAAGACAAGCUCCUCUCUGCUGAACGUGCAGUCACAGGAUAUAGAGAUCCGUAUUCAGGCAAGACAAUCUCCCUGUUCCAAGCCAUGAAAAAGGGGCUCAUCCUGAAAGAUCAUGGAAUCCGUCUCCUUGAAGCCCAGAUUGCCACUGGUGGAAUCAUUGACCCAGAGGAAAGUCAUCGUCUGCCAGUUGAGAUGGCCUACAAACGUGGCUUCUUUGAUGAGGAAAUGAAUGAGAUCUUGACAGAUCCAUCUGAUGACACUAAAGGCUUCUUUGACCCCAACACUGAAGAAAACCUAACCUACCUCCAGCUCAUGGAGAGGUGCAUCACUGAUCCUGCCACUGGGCUGGUGCUCCUGCUUUUGAAGGAAAAGAAGCAGGAAAGGAAGACCUCCUCAAAAUCCUCUGUUCGUAAGCGCAGAGUUGUCAUCAUAGACCCUGAGACUGGAAAAGAAAUGACUGUGUAUGAGGCCUACAGGAAGGGACUUAUUGAUCACCAAACAUACAUGGAACUUGCUGAGCAGGAGUGUGAAUGGGAAGAGAUCACAAUUACUUCCUCUGAUGGUACUGUCAAAUCAGUUAUUAUUGACAGAAGGUCUGGCAAGCAGUACGAUGUUGAUGAUGCUCUUUCACGUGGCCUCAUUGACCAGAAUGCCCUUGAUACAUACCGAUCUGGAAACCUUGCCAUCACAGAAUUUGCUGAUAUGCUUUCUGGCAACAUGGGAGGCGGCCGCUCACGCUCAUCGUCCUUUAGUUCCACCACUGGUUCUACCUACUCUUCUCCCAUGAGCCCCAUACCCACCAUUAAAACACCUGCAGUCAUAUGGAAUGACCCGGCAGAGGAGACUGGCCCUGUAGCUGGAAUGUUGGACAUAGACACACUGGAGAAGGUGUCUAUUACUGAGGCCAUACACAGAAGCCUGGUAGACAACAUCACUGGCCAAAGAUUGUUAGAGGCCCAAGCCUGCACAGGAGGAAUAAUUGAUCCCACAACUGGAGAGAGAUUCUCAAUCGCUGAAGCAGCAGAAAGAGGCCUUGUGGAUAAAAUCAUGGUUGAUCGCCUGAGCCUGGCUCAAAAAGCAUUCACUGGAUUUGAAGAUCCCAGAACUAAAGUAAAGAUGUCUGCCUCCCAGGCUCUGAAGAAAGGCUGGUUGUAUUAUGAAGCUGGGCAGCGUUUCCUUGAGGUCCAGUAUCUGACUGGUGGACUUAUUGAGCCUGAUGUCGAGGGCAGAGUGACACUAGAUGAAUCUAUCAGAAAGGGCACAAUCGAUGCCCGCACUGCCCAGAAACUGAGAGAUGUCGGUGCUUAUUCAAGAUAUCUAACAUGUCCAAAAACAAAACUGAAAAUCUCCUUCAAAGAUGCAAUGGACAAGAGCAUGGUCGAGGAAGGAACAAGCCUGAGACUUCUGGAGGCCUCCUCCGUAUCCACCAAAGGCCUCUACAGUCCCUACAAUGCCAGUAACCCUGGAUCUGCCUAUGGCUCCCGGACUGGUUCAAGGACCGGAUCCCGAACAGGCUCCAGGAGAGGCAGCAUUGAUGCUGGCUUUAGCAUGAACAUGUCCACCUCCUCCUUCACGUCCUCUUCAAGUGGCUUUAGCCGCAGAUUCUGAUUAGCUAGUUCUGUUCCUAACAAUAGACCUAGCGUCUAAGAAUUACAAAAUAAUAAUGCACUCUACAGUUGCAUUUUUCAUAUUCAAACAAAUAGUUAAAGAAAAUAUUAUUUAUUUAUUCUGCCCUGCAUGUGGUCACAUCAAUAAUUGCUAAGGCUAUUUUUUUUUUCAUGUCACAAAUCGAUAAACAUGUGCCUCAUAUAUGGAGACAAAAGCAAACAUUGCUUGAUAUGUUUUUUUUCCCCUUAGUACUAAUUACUAAGUCAGUUUAUAUUUUUCAAAGCAAAGCACGACAUUUCUGCUAUUUUUUAAGUGACUUUAUAGUUUUCAUUUUACACUUGUUAAAAAGUUGUAUACUUGUGCUUUCUGAAACUAAUAUAUACUGUAUGUAUGUCAAACAGAGAUAUUUUUCCAGUAUUCCUUUGAAAUUCAAGGAUAUUUGUCUAUUUUUUAUCUUUUUCGACACUACUUAAUGAGAUGCUGUACGUCGACUUAGUUUCUAACGUUUUUAACAGAUUCUAAAAUACAUAGAUGCCUUUCUGAAUGUUUGUAUAGAGUUAUGGAAAAAAUAUACAUUAUGUUAUCUGGGUAACUAAAUAAUGCACCGAGUAAGAAUACACCUGUGAGACACUACAAAAUGGGACACUACAAGAAUAUAAAAAGAACAUGCCAGAAUUAAAAUUAUGCAGAAUUUUUUUAAACCAGUUUCACAUCUUUCAUUAUAUUUGAACUCAUGCCCAUUUAUAUUUAGAGGACUUUUGCAUCCUUUGGGUUCAUUGUUUUACGCACUCCAAGUUUUAGAUUCUAUAUAGUAACCAUGUCAAGUGUUCCUGGUUAAUCCCAAGAUGAUGUCAGACUCCAUCCUGAUCCCCCAUACAGACCUGCGACCUGUUUCUUUGAUUCUUCUGAAUCAGUCCCUCGGAAGCCAACACAUGAACACAGAUACUGAGUCGGCCGCAGCAAACAAUCCUCUCAACUUGGAUGGCUUUGUGAGUCCUUGUCAUCCUCACGCAGUGACACAGAUCUUCCAUUGAGCAUAUCCUUUCUUCCAUUGCACAUCCCAUUUGAAGAGAGCUGAGGCCGAGUCAACCUGAAACCAUCUUGGGAUACCUUUCUAGGAACACUUUUCAUUCAUUACCAUUUUUCAUAUAUUUAUUAUUUGAAUGCUAUUAGUGAUCUCUGUGUGGUCAUAUCCAGACUUUUCUUUUUUUUAAGAGAACACUCCCAUACCAUACACACAUCUGCAUGUGUAACAUUUCUUUUUAAAUUGGCAUUUACUGUCAUGGUAGAGCAGCACAUCUUCAUAUAGCUGCUCUUCCAUAUUUAGUAUAUUUUUGUAUUUUUUUCUGUCAAUCAAGUCCUACCAAAGUGCUCAAAAGAUGCAUCGACAUGUCUGAUACAGCACCAAUUUGCAUGAAUGUAUGUAUUGUAUCAAAUUGUCUCAUAUCAGUUGACAUUUGCCACUGAUUUUCUUUGCAAACUGAAAAAGAGCUUGAUAUGUUGCCUAUAGUUAUUUUUCCACAAGUAUUUCUGUCCUGUAUCUCUAAAGUGUUUUACCGCCGUACAUCUUUUUAAUUUGUUUGCAUCACGUUCUUUUGAUAUAUCAUGAAUUUGCCUUGCAUGUUUUACCUACCUUACUAAGGAUUUUUGGGGAUGACGCGAAUGUAAAAUAAAGACAACAGACUGAGCUGAUUAAAUUCUUUAGCAAUAUAUUAUUUCACAAACUAACUGGUUUAUUUUGCCUUGGUUUAUUUUGCUUUGAAUGAUGUGGUGAGUGGAUUAUGUUGUAAGUUCUGACCAGUAACACUAUGUUGUAAAUAAAUAUGCUCUGAACAGGC